AUGCCUCGCCAUGUCUUAGCUUGGCUGGAGCUUGGCUCAGUGAUGAUCAACAGGAACAACUUGGGAUUCAUGGAGCCUAAGAUCAGAUACCUGACUCAGGAUGGCUGUGCUCUGACACAUCUGACCCUGUCUGGCAACCACCUGAAUGAUGAAGCCAUAAGAAGUCUGACCAGAUGUCUUCCCAUCUGCCCCUCAUUAAUCUCACUGGAUCUGACUGCCAAUCCUAAAAUUAGCCGUGCCAGCCUGGAAGAGAUCCUGUCAACCCUUCAGGAAAGAAAUUCUGGCCUUGACUUCCUUGGUCUUGCAGGAUGCUCCAUCGAAGGGCCCUUGGGCAGCUGCACAUAGGGUAAAAUCACCUCACAGCUUCAAGAGUUACAGCUGUGUUGUAGCAAACUUAGACUUACUGACCAUCAAGUCCUAAGCCAGCAGUUGGCCUACAAACAGUAUCCUGCCUCCCUUCAUGCUGAAUCACCACCAUAAAUUUUUCUUUGAAUGCCAUUGAA